GCCUGUCCUUCCCUCGGCUGCCAGCCUUUGCUGGGCGCCAGACCCGGCCUCGCCGUCCGGCUGCUCGCCUGCUGCGGCUUGUCACCCUCGGGGUCCCAGCCUUCGUGGGCUGGGGCCGCCGUUGCCGCGGCAGGACGGGGAGGCGGGCCAUGGCGUCCUGCGUGGGGAGCCGGACCCUGAGCAAGGAUGAUGUGAACUACAAGAUGCAUUUCCGGAUGAUCAACGAGCAGCAAGUGGAGGACAUCACCAUUGACUUCUUCUACCGGCCGCACACCAUCACCUUGCUCAGCUUCACCAUCGUCAGCCUCAUGUACUUUGCCUUCACCAGGGAUGACUCUGUUCCAGAAGACAACAUCUGGAGGGGCGUCCUCUCUGUCGUUUUCUUCUUUCUUAUCAUCAGUGUGUUAGCUUUCCCCAACGGUCCCUUCACUCGGCCUCAUCCAGCCUUAUGGCGAAUGGUUUUUGGACUCAGUGUGCUCUACUUCCUGUUCCUGGUAUUCCUGCUCUUCCUCAACUUUGAGCAGGUGAAAUCCCUAAUGUAUUGGCUAGAUCCAAAUCUCCGAUAUGCCACAAGGGAAGCAGAUAUCAUGGAGUAUGCUGUGAACUGCCAUGUUAUCACCUGGGAGAGGAUUAUCAGCCACUUUGAUAUAUUUGCAUUUGGACAUUUCUGGGGCUGGGCCAUGAAGGCCUUGUUAAUCCGUAGUUACGGUCUCUGUUGGACAAUCAGCAUUACCUGGGAGCUAACCGAGCUUUUCUUCAUGCAUCUUCUGCCCAAUUUUGCCGAGUGCUGGUGGGACCAAGUCAUUCUGGACAUCCUGCUGUGCAACGGUGGUGGCAUUUGGCUGGGCAUGGUUGUUUGCCGAUUUUUGGAGAUGAGGACUUACCACUGGGCAAGCUUCAAGGACAUUCACACAACCACCGGGAAGAUCAAGAGAGCUGUGCUGCAGUUCACUCCUGCUAGCUGGACCUACGUUCGAUGGUUUGACCCCAAGUCUUCUUUUCAGAGAGUGGCUGGAGUAUACCUCUUCAUGAUCAUCUGGCAGCUGACCGAGUUGAAUACCUUCUUCUUGAAGCAUAUCUUUGUGUUCCAAGCCAGCCAUCCAUUAAGUUGGUGUAGAAUUCUCUUCAUUGGUGUCAUCACAGCUCCCACAGUGAGACAGUACUACGCUUACCUCACGGACACGCAGUGCAAACGCGUAGGAACCCAGUGCUGGGUGUUUGGGGUCAUUGGUUUCCUGGAAGCUAUUGUUUGCAUAAAAUUUGGACAAGAUCUUUUCUCUAAGACCCAAAUACUCUAUGUUGUGCUUUGGCUUCUAUGCGUGGCAUUCACCACCUUCCUGUGUCUGUACGGCAUGGUUUGGUGUGCAGAGCACUAUGGUCACCGAGAGAAGACCUAUUCUGAGUGUGAAGAUAGCACCUACAGUCCAGAUAUCUCCUGGCAUCACAGGAAAGGUACAAAAGGUUCUGAAGACAGCCCACCCAAGCAUUCGGGCAACAAUGAAAGCCAUUCUUCCAGAAGAAGGAAUCGACAUUCCAAGUCAAAAGUCACCAAUGGAGUUGGAAAGAAAUGAAAGACCGUGGUUAAUCAAAGAUGUUCCAGAGAGUGCCUAGAACUGAGAGGGAAACGGAACUCAUUUGGACCUCCCUGUUAGGAGGUCAAAAUGUACAGAGCAAACAGGAAGAGGAGAGGGAACUUUUGGGGUCAUUAUUUGAGAGUGUAAGUCUUGUUUCCCACAGACCUGGCCACACAGGCAGCUCAAGGCCUGGGGUCCUUUUGCCAAUUGGGGUCUCUUCUAACUUCAGCACUUGGCAUGCAGUCACCGGUAGCACUACAGCGUGUUGGAAGGAAAAGGUAGCUGUUCACUCCCCGCUGCCCAGGGCAGCUCUGUGCUUGCGUGUAUUGUGGAUGCAAAGUAAACAUCGCCAUGCAGACAAGGCCUUAACCAAUGGUUAAUGGACUGCUCACCAGUUUGUAUUUUUAUGAAUCUGCCUUCUCAUCUGAUUGAUCUGUUUUUGAGUUCAGGCCACUUUUUUUUUUCUUUUUACAUGUUAACCAAUUUUUGUUGCAGUUUGGCCAGGGCUGGGCCUGAACCCGCCACCCUUGGUAUAUGGGGCUGGUGCCUACUCACUGAGCCAUAGGCGCCACCCCACUUUUAUUUUGUUGUUGUUGUUGUUACUUGUUUUUAAGUUAGGAUACUUAAAAGCCUUCAGACGCCAGUGCUGAAAUUGAAAUUGGGGGAGGGGUCCCCUCCCUUCUAGAGAAAAAAAGGGGGGAGAGCUCUUGUGAUCCUGUUUAGUAACCUCAGUCCCCUUUUGGAGAGCGUCACCGCACUGUGGGGGGUGCACCAGCCUGAGGAAAGGGAACUGCCCACAUAGGAACCUCGCUUCAGAUUGGAACCUUCCUCGUCUCCUUUCGAUGCCAUUUGUCCACUUACCCACAGUGCACAAAAGCGAACCUGUCAGAGAGGCCGUGAGCGCCCCCAGCCAGGUGCCUUUUACAUUUGAUUUGUUUUCCUUCAGUGGUGUGUGGCGACAUUGUCUCUUAGUCCCGUGUGAGGUGCUGGUGAGUAUUAGCCUUCAUCUGUGCCAUGCUCUAGAACAUUUACUCUGAGAAUUCACCACCUCUGAUGGAUCCCUGUUUUAAAUAAAAUGGUUCAUGUUAAAGCCCA